GUUUACACAAUACUAAAUCAGUUCUGUCCUUCAACUGCAUUAACAAGAUAUGUUAAAAUGUUUUUAAUAUUUAUGUUUUAUUUAUUUUUGCCUGUUAAUUGUUUGCUCUGACCUGUUUUUCUACAUUUCCUGCAGAUUCAAUCAAUGGAGAUCCAGCAGCAGCAGCAGCAGAGAUCAGCUCUAUGUACAUUAAAGGUUCAUCUGGUGCUGGUUCAGGCAGACUGUCAGUGACUGUGAUGGAGGGAGAUUCAGUCACUCUAUACUCUGGUUUUAAGAUGAACCAACAAAACAGAAUUAAGUGGUUUUUUUAUGACGAUCGCGUUGCUGAAAUCACUGGAGAUCAGAGUAAAAUCUGUUUAGAUGAUCUGUGUAAAAAGAGGUUCAGAGACAGACUGAAGGGGAAUAAUCAGACUGGAUCUCUGACCAUCACAAACAUCACAAACACAGACUCUGGAGAAUAUAGACUAGAAAUCUUCAGCAACAGAUUCAGUGAAAAGAUCUUCAACGUUACUGUCAAUGGUGUUUUUGCUGCUGAACAAAAUGAAAUGAAAAGAAAGUCAGUGAAGGAAGGAGAAUCUGUCACUUUAGAUCCUGGUGUAAUAAACAACCCACAUGAUGUGAUGACAUGGUAUUUUAAUGACAUUCUCAUCACUGAAAUCACUGGAGAUCAGAGUAAGAUCUGUACAGAUGAUCAAUGUAAAGAGAGAUUCAGAGACAGACUGAAGCUGGACAAUCAGACUGGAUCUCUGACCAUCACAAACAUCAGAAACACAGACUCUGGAGAGUAUAAACUGAAGAUCAGCAGUAGCAGCAGCAGUGUUGACAGAAUAAUCACUGUAUUAACUGUCAUUGCUGUUCCAGAUUCAGGUUCAUCUGUAGCAAUAUGUGUUUAUGUUGUUCUGCUGAUAACGGUUUCAGCCGCUGGUGUGUUGUUAUUGAAAGCGUCAAGCAAAAAGGAAAAACAUACGGGAAGGAGCACAAUCAAGUUCAGGAGAACGGUGAAGUAGAAAAUCAGUCCCCUGAUCAGAAUAAGACUCUACUGAUGGUUCCUGAUGGUAACUGAAAGAAUAUUUUGCUGCAUAACUUUCUGAAGGUGAACCUUUGAUCAAUCACAUUUAGAUUACAUUCAGAUUGAUUCAACUUUAUUGUCAUUGUGCAGAGUACAAGUACAGAACGAAUGAAAUGCAGUUAUCAUCUAACCAGAAGGUCAAAUAGAUAAUGUAUAUAAAUUAGUGUAAAUGUAUAUAUAAAUAUGUGUGUAUACAAUAAACAUUUAUGAAGGACAAGUGCAGAGAAGCAAGACACUACAAUAUGGACAAAAUAUUUGUUCUAAUUUUAUGCACUGGUCACUUUUGAGAUUUUGAUGCUAAACAUGUCUUUUCAUGAUAUAUUGACAUUCAAAAUCCCUUCUGUAAAAACCACUAAAAUUUCAGAAAACAGUAAUCCAAAGCAAUUGUGUUAAUGUACUGUUAUUAAUCUAAUUUGACCUAAUCUAAUGUGGAAAGAUGUCUGUAAGUUAAAUUGUUUAUUCUUCUGCAGUGUUUUAUUGCUUAACUUUUUUACCUGACGCACAACAUACUGUUUUUUUUUCUUAUUAUCACUGUACUGUAAUACAUUUACUUUUCAUAGAAUAAAUCAAUUUUUUUUUUCAAAGCGUU